GUCUUGUGACUUUUGUCAGCUGAAUUGGUUCAUCGCAAUAGCGAAAAGUGCGAAUUAAGUGAAAUUUUGGGCAAAAAGAUUGUGAAAAUUCAUUUAAUAUUGCAAUAUAAGUGCUCGAUUUAAUUUUAUAAAGUUAGCAAAAAAUGGCAGACGUCAAAGAAUUAAUAAAUUUGCCCGAUGACAACAUCGAUAUGAUUGCUGCCACUUCGGUGCUGCAGCAACAAGCAGCUGACAUACGUACCAAGACCAUUAAUUGGGCAUCCUAUAUGCAGUCGCAGAUGAUAUCGCAAGAAGACUAUAAUGCAAUCAGUGCACUAGACACUGCCAAGGCGGCCUAUCUGCAGAAGAACUCUACUCAAGCAGUGAAAACCUUGUUAAAUUUGCUAGCCCAUGUCUCAAAAGAUCAGACAAUACAGUACAUACUUGUGCUCAUCGAUGAUCUGUUGCAAGAAGAACGUUCACGUGUUGACUUCUUCCAUGACUACGCUAAGCAACAUAAAGAGUGUGUGUGGGGACCUUUUCUCAACUUAUUAAACCGUCAAGAUGGUUUCAUUGUUAACAUGUCAUCGAGAAUUCUAGCUAAAUUAGCUUGUUGGGGUCGCGAACUUAUGCCCAAAUCAGACCUUAACUUCUAUUUGCAAUUUUUGAAGGAUCAGCUGACCGUGAACGCCAAGGCAUAUAUAAAAGAGCAGGCCACACUAGCUAGACGUGUGCAGACAAUUGUGGUACAUCAGCACGGACAUGGGCAUGGUAAAGACCAGCAAUCUUCUAAGAAUAAUAAUCAUUACAGUCCGAAUGUGGCGCAACAACAACAAUCACAGCAACAAAUCACAGGCGAGAGAUACCGUGAGAUGACUGUGGAGCAACAAAAUGCUCUCGUCGAUGGCAGGGUACCCAUUCCGGCCAAUGAGUAUAUCCAAUCUGUUGCUCGCUGUCUUCAAAUGAUGCUUCGUAUUGAUGAGUAUCGCUUCGCUUUCGUUUCGGUUGAUGGCAUUAGCACAUUGAUCAGCAUUCUAUCGUCUCGCGUUAACUUCCAGGUGCAAUACCAAUUGGUGUUCUGCUUAUGGGUGCUCACUUUCAACCCACUUUUGGCCACAAAAAUGAACAAGUUCAGUGUUAUACCAAUUUUGGCAGAUAUCCUCAGUGAUAGUGCAAAGGAAAAGGUAACUCGCAUUAUUCUCGCCGUAUUCCGCAAUUUGAUUGAGAAGCCCACAGAUCCACAAGUGGCGAAGGAGCAUUGCAUUGCUAUGGUUCAGUGCAAGGUUCUGAAACAGUUGUCCAUUUUGGAGCAACGUCGCUUCGAUGAUGAGGACAUCUCUGCUGAUGUGGAAUUCCUCACCGAGAAGCUACAGAACUCUGUACAGGAUUUGAGCUCCUUCGAUGAAUAUGCCACUGAAUUACGUAGCGCACGUCUCGAAUGGUCGCCAGUACAUAAAUCGGCUAAGUUUUGGCGUGAAAAUGCUCAUCGUUUGAAUGAGAAGAAUUACGAGCUUUUGCGUAUAUUGGUGCAUUUAUUAGAAACAUCAAAGGAUCAUAUUAUUUUGUCUGUAGCUUGUUUCGAUAUCGGUGAAUACGUGCGCCAUUAUCCCCGAGGCAAACAUGUUUUAGAGCAAUUGGGCGGUAAACAAAUUGUUAUGCAGCUGCUGGCUCACGACGAUCCAAAUGUGCGUUAUGAGGCUCUCUUAGCGGUACAAAAAUUGAUGGUGCACAAUUGGGAAUACCUGGGCAAGCAAUUGGAAAAGGAAAACGAGAAUCAACCUCAGAAAGGCGGUUCAGCGCCAAUCAGCGGUAAAGCCUAAAUAAAUAAAAUAAUAUGCGUUUGCUUGUCAAAAGUAUGCAAUCGACUAGUGUAGUCGAUAAAGUAAAUGUUAAAUGUACUAAAUCCCUUAUAAAACAAUAAAACGAAAACAGAAUGAUUUCUUGUUAUUCACAAUAAA